AUGUCCGUGAACGUGCCGAAAACCCGCCGGACCUACUGCAAGAAGUGCGGCAAGCACCAGCCCCACAAAGUCACGCAGUACAAGAAGGGCAAGGACUCGCUGUACGCCCAGGGCAAGAGGCGCUACGAUAGGAAGCAAAGCGGCUAUGGCGGCCAGACGAAGCCCAUCUUCCGCAAGAAGGCCAAGACCACAAAGAAGAUCGUGCUGAGGCUGGAGUGCGUGGAGCCCAACUGCAGGUCCAAGAGGAUGCUGGCGAUUAAGAGGUGCAAGCACUUUGAACUGGGAGGAGACAAGAAGAGAAAGGGCCAGGUGAUCCAGUUCUAAGCUCCAUCCCACAGAUUUUGGACUAUAUUAAAGUAAUUGGAAGAGA